ACGAAAAUGCAUUCAAGCUACUCCACUGUUUUACGAUUGCUACUUGUAUCAACUCUUACUACUUUUGGAAAUGGACUUUCAUCGCGCAGACCCAAUGUAAUGCAGAUUGGUGUUCACUUCACCUACAACCACGAAGUUCAGACGAAGUUUAAUAAAACAAACCGUGAUCCAAAUUAUUAUUUCACCGUUCUUCUUAAUGCCGUGGAAACUCGAUUGGCGACUCUUCCAUACCCUUCAAUUGAACUCACGUUGGUUGGGACCAACGCUAUCAACGAAUCCAGCGCAAUCGAAAGCAUUCCCAUGGAUGAAGCAGACAUUUACGACAGCUAUAAGAAGUAUUACACAAAAAAGAGACAUCAUCUGGGCUGUCCGGACGCCGCAUUCUAUGUCACAAUGAAUUAUUUCAUGGAAGAUGUUGUGGACGAAUCUACGACGGAGGUCGGAGGCCUGUGUGGGAACGCCAGCAUGGGAAUUUUCUACGAUGACGGAGUUUCCUUUCUGGGAGUUCAUGCACUGAGUCGUGAGCUGGCUUUCCUAAUCGGGGCUACCAGAGAUAACAGAAGCCACAAGGGAUGCGCACUGAAGGACAAUUAUUUGACAGGCCCGUUUGACGACAAAACAAGGUUUUACCUUUCUCCGUGCGCUGAGACAGCUGUUGAAACAUUUUUUCUCAGCAAGUACAACCAUAAUUGCUGGAGCGAUAAGCCAACACCAAUAAUACACAAUAACUGGACACUCCCUAGCAAGUACCUUGAAGACUCUCUUACCAAUGGGGAAGUCGAUUUAUGUAGUGCUCAUCGAUUUUAUCUCGAGCUUAAAUCGUGCAAGAAUUAUAGUUCUCACCGAAAGUCCCACUCCUGUAGGGUAUCCUGCUGCUAUCAAGACUCUAAAGAAUUGGUUGAUACCAUAUUUGAACCGGACGGAAGAGCUUGUGGCUUUCUUCGUGGAAACAAGAUGUGUAUUCACGGAGAAUGCGUAACGUUCUCCUAGUCCUAGCCUGUGCUGAAGCGAUCUUAAUGAAAAAGAAAAGAAAAAGGAGACGACAAAAGCAUUGAUGACCUUAACGCAAACUGGGACUAACAUAACUAGUGACUUCUGUACUUGAAUUUUUUUGGCACUUGAUAUAUACAUUUAUUAUGUCUUGCAUUAAAGGUUUCUAGAUUAAA